AAAUCUUCGUUCGAUCAGAGUUUCAAAGAACGAGAAGAUCACCAUGGAUGAUGAAGAAAGAGGGCCAAGGUUAAGCAAGAGAUUCUCAGACAAAACUGCCGAUGGAGAAGUUGAUUACAAAACUAAGUCGGGAACUGCUUGGUCUCAUUCUUACCUUAAUCAAAAGCCAUGGCAUCCUCUCUCCUACCCUAACCAACGCCGCAAAUGGAUUGCGGAACAGACUAACGCCCAACAAGAACGUCGUGCCGAAGAAGUUGCCCGUGAGAUUUAUCCCUAAUGCGCAUAACCUCCUGUUUUGUAAUGGUUUCGUCACGCAGUAUGCUCAAGAACAGGAGUUUUUCCGCCAGGCUGCCCUUGUUUCAAAAAAAGAGAAGGAAAAAAUGGAGAUGAUGAAAGCUGUUAGCUUCAUGUAUAUCCGACCACCUGGUUAUAAUGCUGAAAGCGCCAAAGCUGCAGAGAUUGCUGAGGAGAAGAAAAUUCAGGAACCCUCACAAGAUCCACGUUCAGAGGACACAGAGGCAGCCCAUAUGUUGCAAAAUCCAAUUCCACCCGAUGAUCAAAAGAAGAAGCCAAGACCUAAAGAUGUUUUUGGUCGUGUCCUACCAACAGAAGAACAAUUUGAAGCCCUUAAAAAUGCCCCAAAGCUAGAGACGGGUGUAGCUGGAAGGGCAAGGCCAUUUGGAAUUGAAAUAAGGAAUGUAAAAUGUGUGAGAUGUGGAGCUUAUGGGCACCAAAGUGGUGAUAGAGAAUGUCCAUUGAAGGAUGCUAUAAUGCCUAAUGAAGAAAGCCGAUUGAAAAGAGAUGAUCCGUUAACUGCUAUUAUAGCUCAAACAGAAGCAUCUGAGCCUCUUAAGUGGGAGUUAAAACAAAAGCCUGGAAUGAGUCCACCUCGUGGUGGGUUCAGACCAGAUGAUCCAAAUCAGCAGAUUGUUGCAGAGGAUAUAUUUGAUGAAUAUGGAGGGUUUCUUGGUGAGUCGGUUAUCCCUGAUCUGCUAGCUAACUUCUCUACAAGCAAGCAUAAGAAGUCUAGUGGCAAGAGAAAACACAAACACAAACACAAAGACAAAGUGCGCUCACCACCAACGAUUAGUCAUCAUAAACACAAUUUGUCUGAUGAUGAUGAUGAUGAUGAUGAUGGGGGAAGGAGGUUAAAGAAGAGUAAAAGUGAACAGAAGAAGAAGAAGAAACAAAUACAGUCUGAAUCAAGUUCAUCAGAAGAUGAUGAUAGGAGUAGGAGGAGAAAAGGGAGUGGACAUAGGCGGCGUGAAAGUUCAGACUCUGAUCAGCAACAAAGAUAUGGAAGUCGUCACCGUAGCCAUCAUCACCGCCACCGUAGACGUGCUGAUUCAUCACAUUGAGAUUGUACACUUGUUUGACAUUUUUUUUCUUUUUUGUAUUUUUAUGACAUUACUAAGGUAUUGUUUAUUUUUAUAAAAGAGUUUAAUGUAGACAAGAUUUAGGGGUUC